AUGGAUUCUUCAUAUUUUCAAUACCCAAAUCUCCAUUUCUCCUCUGAAUCAUCUUCUUCCUUCAUUUCCCGAGAAAAUAAUUCUUCGUUCACCUAUCACCACCAUAACCCUGGUCUUCCCUUCAAUGAAAACGAUUCCCAGGAAAUGCUUCUUCUUGGAGUUCUGAAUCAAGCCAGUAGUUCCAGAGAUGAGCACGAAGUGAACUCCGCGGCCGCCGUCGAAGAGGAGACGGCAAAGGAAGUGUCGUAUCGCGGUGUUCGAAAGCGGCCGUGGGGGAAAUACGCGGCCGAGAUCAGAGAUUCGACGAGGAAUGGUGUCAGAGUUUGGCUCGGAACUUUCGAUACGGCGGAAUCGGCAGCGUUAGCCUACGAUCAAGCUGCAUUGGCUAUGCGAGGUCCAAUGGCGGUACUCAAUUUCCCCAUGGAUAAAGUUUACGAAUCGCUUCAGGAAAUGGAAUACGGGUUUGAAGAAGGAUGCUCGCCUGUGUUGACGAUGAAGAAAAGGUACUCCAUGAAAACGAGACGAGCGGAUAACACGAAGACGAUGAAGGAAGAUGAGAAUGUACUGGUGUUGGAGGAUUUAGGUGCUGAUUAUUUGGAGGAACUUUUAAGUUUAUCUGAAACUGCAACUCCUUAUUGGUGA